AUGGCUGCGUCGCAGCAGCUCUCCGCGCAGGAGAUCGCAGCAUGCACCGAGCUUGGGUUGGACCCCGACAGGGACUCGGACCUGGUCUGGGUGGCCCAGGACAUGGUGCGGGAGGAGAACCUGCCCCAGGGGUGGUCGAUGUACCUCCACGCGGAGUCGGGGCGGCACUUCUACUGCCGGACAGGCGCCUCCGAGUCCGUCUGGGAGCACCCGCUGCUGGACUUUUACCGCGGCGCCGUGUUCAUGGAGCGCGGGGGCUGGCGGCAGCUCCAGCACGACCAGGACAUUUCCCCGCCCAACGACGAGGAGAUGCAGGCGAUGGGGCAGUACAUGGAGGUGGACCCGGGGGAGGACCCGUACGUGCUCGAGGUCGUGAAGAUGGCCAUCAACGCGCCGAUGCCGCCCGGGUGGCGCGAGGUCACCGACGCGGACGGGGAGACGGUGUUUGAGAACAAGGACGCGGGGGAGCGUCAGACGGAACACCCCCUCGACCCCUUCUUCUUCGAACUGCUCAGGCGACGGCGGCUGGAGCUGACGCACCGGAAGCACCCGUUCUCGCGUGACGGGCUGGAGGCCGUCAAGAGCGGCGCGUGGAAGCCGUCGGUGUCGCGGGUGUCCUCGGCGACGUCGUCGCGCCAGGACCUGUCGCCGACGGCGGGCGACUCGGUGCGCGGCAACCGCGCGCCGUCGCGGCUCGGGGGCGAUGCCUCGAAGGCCGCGUUGCAAACGACGUCGAGGCGGCGGAGGAGCAGCUCGGGCGUGCCCGCGGCGGCCCUGGCGUCGCAGCAGAGCGAGGUGGACGCCGGUGUCAGGGGGGGGUCUUCGACGACGGAGGCCGCGGAAGACGCGCCGCCGGAGGACGACUACACGGACGCGGACUACGCGCGGAUGGCGGAGGACGAGAUCGGCGCGAACGAGGGCAGUCCGCCGCAGGUCGGCAAGAGCGAGCGCGUGGUGGUGGUGGUGCGCGCGCGGCCGAUGCACGCGGCCAAGGGGCGGCGGAUGCGGGCGGCGUGGGACAUCACGGGGCAGAACGGGCGCGAGAUCCGGCUGAUCCAGGACGGCACGGUGGCGCUGAAGCACCAGGCGGCGUUCUACGGCGGCGCGGCGAACAUCGGCGCGCGCUACGUGUUUGAGCAUGGGGUGUUCACGCCCGAGCACAACACGCACCACCUGUACAACGGGGCGCUGAAGCACGUGGUGGCCGGGGCGAUCGCGGGCAUCAACGGCACGCUGUUCGCGUACGGCCAGACGGGCUCCGGGAAGACGUACACCAUUGUCGGGACGUCGAACGCCCCCGGGGUGGUCCCGAUCGCGGCGGAGGACCUCUUCAUGCAGGUCCAGCAGGAGGAGCGCGCGGGCAAGGUGGUGAGCGUGAGGAUGGGCAUCCUCGAGAUCUACAACGAGGAGAUCAACGACCUGCUCGCGCCGAAGCCGGUCCACACCUUUGGAGAGGAGAAGAAACGGGAACUGAAGAUUGUCGAGGACCCGCUCUUCGGGAUCCGCAUCCAGGGCCUGAUCGAGGAGACCGUGGAGUCCCCGAUGCGCAUGACGACGCUGCUCGCCAAGGGCAUGUCCCGGCGCGUCGUCGGGCAGACGCGCAUGAACGACAAGUCGUCGCGCUCGCACGUCCUGACGCGCCUGACGCUCGAGAUCCGCGACGGCCAGUCCCCCGUGAGGGUCUCGAGCCUGAACUUCGUGGACCUGGCCGGGUCGGAGCGGCUCGCCAAGUCCGGGGCGCAGGGGAAGCGGGCGGAGGAGGCGAGCAACAUCAACCUGUCGUUGUUGAUGCUGGGCAACGUGAUCAGCAAGCUGAGCGAGGGCAAGUCGAAGGACUUCAUUCCGUACCGCAACUCGAAGCUCACGCGCAUCCUGCAGCCGUCGCUCGGCGGCAACGCGCGCACGGCGGUGGUGGCGUGCAUCGACACCUCCAUGAACCACUGCGAGGAGACGUCGAUGACGCUCAAGUUCGCGGCGCGCGCAGCCAACAUCACGAACACCAUUCGCGUGAACGAGCUCUCCCAGGGGCAGCAGGCCACCGGAAACGUCCGGAAAUACCAGAAGAUGAUCGAGGUGCUGCAGAACCAGUUGAGAGAGUUCCGGGCGGGCAAGGUCGCCGAGGAGAACACGCGGCUGAAGAAGCAGGUCGAGAAGCUGACCGAGGAGAACGACACGCUCAAGCUCCAGGUCGAGCGCGCGAAGGUCGUCGCGACUGUCGGCGGCGACGCCGGCGCCAAGCCGGGCGCGACUGCCGGCGACGGCGACCUCACGCAGGUGCCCGCGACGCCUCCGGGGCUCGAUCUUCCCCAGAUCUCCGCGCGGCAGGGCAAGAUCACGCUCCGCGAGUGCGUCGCUGCCAUUGCGCGCGUGACGCAGAUUGGCAAGGUGGGCGGGACGGGCUUCGCGGCAGAGGCCGACCCGCAGGAAGUCGUGGCAUGGGUGCGCAUGAUGCGUGCGGAGCGCGACGAGCUGCGCCGGCAGCUCGCCCGCGCCCAGGCGACGCUCCGCGAGCAGGGGUCGCACCUGAGUCAGGCGGACAAGGUCCUGGCGACGCAGCACGUGAUCGAGGAGGCGACGCUGACGCUCGAGAACCUCGUUGGGUCGCAGCUCGACGCGCAGCCGCGCGGGAAGAGCGGCAAGGUGAAGCCGCCGACGCUCGGGGACCGGCUGCAGGAGGCCGUGGAGGCGGCGGUGAUGAUGUCGUCGGAAAUGACGUCCAUGGCGCGGCAGAACGCGGCGACGCUCGCGAUGCUCGCCGAGGCCGACGAGAAGCGCGCGGCGAUGUCCGCCGAGCUCGACGAGCUCCGCCCCGCGCGGCAGCAGCUCAUUCAGGCCCAGAAGCAGCUCGCGGCGUUGUCCGACGCCAAGGCGCACGCGGAGGCGCAGCGCGACGAGGUCGCGCGGCGGCACGGCGCACGGAUCCCGGAGCGCCCGGACCGCCAGCCGGGCCUGGCGUCGCAGAAGUUCGCAGAACAGGUCGAGGCGAAGUACGUCGAGGUGGUGGAGCGGAUGAGCGCGCAGCUGAUGCAGGUGGAGCGCGACGUGGACAAGUACCGCAACCUGCUCCGGCAGCACGCGGGGGCCUUCGAGGGCGAUCCGUGGGACCCGUCGAACGCGGAGGCUGCGGAGAUGGGGGACCUGGCGCCGCACACUCUGUUUGGGUCGGCGGCGAUCCGGGCCGCGCGGCAGGCGAUCCGGCGGGCGCGGAACGCGGAGGAGCGCGCGCGGCAGCUGACCGUGGAGAACGAGGAGCUCGCGGAGCGGCUGUCCGCGGUGACGCACACGCCGGGGGCGAAGGAGGAGGUCGCCGGCGCCAAGGGCGGGGAGGGCGAGGCGAUGGACCGGCUGAAGAAGCGCGUGUACGCGCUGAGUCGCGAGGUCGCGCUGCUGACGCGCGAGCGCGACGAUCUGCUCGGGCUGAUGGGCCUCGGCGCGGCGCCGCGGCAGAGCGCGCUGGACACGGUGGCGAUGCACAACGUCGAGAACGGCGCGGUCGUGCCGGGCAGCGCGGCGGCGGCGGCGCUGUGGCAGCAGCUCGCGGGGGCGGAGGAGCGCGGUCCGACGCAGGGGUACUCGCCCGCGGGCGCGGGACCAACGUUGGUGCCAAUCGCGUCGCUGCAGCGGGGUAACGGGCAGGCGAAGCCGCGGAAGGGCGCGGACGGGUCCGGGCACUUGCCGGACAUCCAGCAGGGGAAGAGCCGGAGCCGGCUUGCGGGGGGCCCGUCGUCGCUGACCAAGGCGGGGAAGAGUAGAAAGAAGGCGACGGGCAAGGGCGGGUGGAGCGACGCGUCCGCGAAGGACUACUCGGAGCCGCCGGACGCGUUGGCGCGGAAGAAGCGGCUGGUGGCGCGCGAGCGGGCGCGGAAGGAGGCGGUUGCGGCGGCGCAGGUGGAAUCCAAGGUGGCGCAGAUGCAGCUGCAGCUCGCGCAGAAGAAGGCCGCGGAGCAGCAGGCGGCGCUGCAGGAGAUGCUCGAGGAGAACGCGCGGCUGCGGAACUACGCCGGGUUCGAGUAG